CAUAUAUUAUGUGGCACAUCUCACGGAAUGUCCUCGUGAGAUGUGCCACAAGGAUCGGGAUUUGGGAUGGGGUUGAUCAUGAAGGCAUAUCAGAAACUACUAUAGAGGUUAAGUCAUACGAGGUGAUUGAAGACGGAGUGAUAAAGCAUUUUAGUCACGAGGAGCUCAAAGAAAAGCAUGCACCAGUCCCGUAUUUUUUGGCCCGUUUUAUAGUUGCAUGGAAUGUCAUAAAUUUUAUUCUGCAUGAGAAAUGUGCAUAUCUCCUAAAAGAAAAGACAGAUCCUUUCUACAAGAUGCCGAUAACUCUAUCCCUACUUGGAAACCCCACAAAUGCUUUAAGGGUUUUCGGUACACUAAUAAUCAUAUAUAAUACAGUCCUUGAUGUGCGAUGCGGUUCAAUAUCCGAAAUUUUUUUCCACGAAAGCCAUCCUCAUCAUCCGUUGUACAUCGACUCAAUGGGCAAUGAGUUUUGUAAAGCUUGUGGAGACAAGAUAACUAUAACUUUGAGCUGUGAGGAGUCUGGAUAUGUGUUGGACCCUAAAUGCUCUAUCUUGCCGAAGAAGAUUCGAGUGACCAAUACUGGUGCGAAAUAUGCGAGGAAGAAC